CAACAGGGCUGCGGACAACGGACCCGCUGGUCCUCUCUCAUAGGCGAUGGCAUCUUCAAUAUGAAACAGCCGGCUUUUAAACAUUAAUAAUUUCCUCGAAAACAGACUUCCGGAUGGUUGCCAAUCAGAUUUUUUAUUAUUGGAUUAACGACCAUCAGCCGCCAGCCCCAGCUUUAUCCUGAGAGGCCGGAGAUUUGUGUCUCUGGGCGGGGAGGAGUCCUCUGUUAUUUCAGCGCUAGCUGAAACCAGGCCAGCAUGUCGGCGUUUUAACAACACAUCUCAAACACAGAGCUGUUAAAAGCACCUAAUGCACUCUUAGAGGAUGGAUGUGGAGGUGAGUGCUGGCAGGGACAGCACCUGGAGGAGAGCAGCAGCAGAUGAUGAUGUAGGUGGAGGAGGCAUGGAGGCUCAGGUCGUACCGAUCGAGCUCUACGACUCUGCAAGAGCUAAAAUAGACGCGAAUCUCCGCUGGUUGUUUGCCAAAGCUUAUGGUAUAGAUCACAUCCCUGCAGACCUGCGGGACCCCUUUUAUACCGACCAGUAUGACCAAGAACACAUCAAGCCCCUAGUCAUCCGCCUGCUGCUGUCUGGAGAGCUCUACUGCCGUGUGUGUGGGCUCAUCCUGCACGCUGAGCAGGCCGCCUCUCUCCAAAGCCACCAGUCUGUCAUCCAGGCCCUGUCCAGGAAAGACACCUAUGUCCUGAAAACAGACAACACACCUGUCUCUGAUCUGGAUCUCAGCGCGACUCCCAUCAAGAUGAGCUCCCACAUCCACCUUAUUGAUGCCCUGAUGAUGGCCUAUAUAGUGGAGAUGAUCAGCACAGAGAAGGUGGUGUCCAGUGUCAAGCGUUUCUCGAACUUCAGUGCCUCCAAGGAGCUGCCUUUUGACCUGGAAGACGCAAUGGUCUUCUGGAUCAACAAGGUGAACAUGAAGAUGCGGGAGCUCGUGGAGAAAGAGCUGAAAAUGAAGCAGCAUUUGAUGGAGCCACCCAGUCACCAGAAGGUGCGUUAUCGGAGAGAUCACCUGUCAGGUCGGACACUUCAGCACUUCCCUCUGUUGGACGACCUGUUGAAGGAUGUAUGUGACGGCAUGGCUCUACUAGCUGUGAUCCACUUCUAUUGCCCAGAACUUAUUAGACUAGAAGAUAUUUGUCUGAAAGAGGUCCCCUCCAUAGCAGAUUGUGUGUACAACAUCCAGCUACUAAAAGAGUUUUGUAAUGAAUACCUGGACAAAUGCUUCUAUCUGAAGCCUGAGGACAUGUUGUAUUCUCCACCAGUAUUAAAGAAUAACGUGAUGGUCUUCGUUGCUGAGCUAUUCUGGUGGUUUGAGAAUGUGAAGCCAGACUUUGUACAGCCCAGGGACCUUCAUGAAAUCCGAGAUGUGAGAUUGCUUCUGCAGCCCAAGAGUUCACGAUCCCAUAUUCCCAUCUCCAACAUCACCAAACGUAGUUUCAUGACAUCAUCAAACUCUGCUGACAUCUUGACCACGUCCCAGAGUCCUGACCUCAGCACUAAACCAAGCUCCAUAAGCCCAUCUCAGUCUUUACUGCCCCAGAGACAGAGACAACAAAAAGUGGCUGAGGAGAGCACUUCAGAGCUGGGAAAUAUGUCAAACUCACUGACACGGGAUGGGCAGCAUCAGGGCUCAGUACUGGCCUGGCCAGAGAGGAGGCCGAGGCCUUUAUCCCAGCCAGUGCCCUACGCCCUGCAUUAUCCUCUGGAGGAAGAUGCAGACAGUAUCAGCCUUGCUCGCUCCAUCAGCAAAGACAGCCUGGCCUCCAACAUAUUGAGCAUUACCCCGAAACACAUGCUGGGGUCAGGUCAUCAACUGCCAACACACAGACUCAGUGGUCAAAGCCUGCUUAGUCACAUGCGCAUAGAGGAUGAGGAGGAGGAAAUAGAAGAGGAGGAACUGGUUGCUGUAAUUCACCCUUCUGCAUUUACUCGACGUCGACUUGGGAGUGACAUGGAGCAGGAUGAGCUGGAAAUCCCGAGUGCAGCCUCCACCUCAAGGGUUCCUAAUACUCGUUGCUCUCCCCGCCUUGACACAGGUCCGUUUACUCCCGGCCACUCAGCAGACAGUUACUAUUUGGAGCCUUUGAUGCCUGCCAUCCUUAAGCCAGCCAAAGAGAAGAGCAUCAGCCUGAACAAGGAGGAGGAGAGUGGCGAGAGUCGCUGUAGAGCGGCAGUAGCUGCAAGGAAAGCAGCCACAAAUGUACCAAGCACUUCACAGCGAAAAUCCCCUGCGGCUGAGUCAAACAGAAGUACCUUUACACCCAUACCUGUGGCAGAAUCAGUCCCUAGCUCUCUCAGGCCACCCACAGAGGGGUCGGCAGACAUCUCUCAGUCUGAGAAGAAACAGUCCCCAGGCUUUUUCCUUCAUUCGUCAGGAGAGCCAGACUACUAUAGUCCUAACUCCACUGCGCUGGAGGUAGGGUAUGACUCCGACUCUGACAUUGCAGACCUUGAGGAAGACGAUGAGGACGAGAUGGAGCUGACUAAAGAGGUGGUGAAGAGAGGAAAGGGAAAAUACUUAGAGGAGGGAGAGGUGUGUGAAUUAGGAGAGGGAGAGUCAGCCAAACUUAGAGAAGACUCAAAGGUUAGUGAGCGGGAUGAUAAGGAAGGCGGCAGUGGACGCUCAAGCCCUUGCCUCAGCACCAUAUCGUGGGCGAGCAGCUGCAGCGCUUCAGGCAGCACCAGUGUCAAGAUGACCAGCUUUGCAGAGAGAAAGCUCCUUAAACUUGGCCUCCUUGAUGGAUUCUCAAGUACCAGCAGCUCUCAGAAGACCACACCAGAUGGUUCUGAGGUUGCUCCCUGUCCCCCUUGGCAACUGAGGAGUGACUGCACCUCCGGCUGGCUCGGGAAGGAGCCUACUUCUGUGUUGGGGAAGAAUAUGGUGGUGAGUCCCUCAGUAGGGCCUUCAGAGCUGCUGCAACUUCACAUGCAGCUAGAAGAGCAAAGACGUGCUAUUGAGUAUCAGAAGAAGAAGAUGGAGACGCUAUCAGCACGACAGCGACUAAAGCUAGGGAAAGCUGCGUUUUUGAACAUCGUUAAGAAGGGCGGAGGGAAGAGUGACACGCUUCCCCUGCCAAUAAAACACUACCAGGAAUCCUCAGAACUAGCUGACAGGAGUAAGGUGAAGACCCAGUCAUGCAAGGAUGACUCCUGUCUUGAUGCUCUGAAGGUGCAGGCAAAGACAGGUCAAACAGAAGGAGCACAGAUGAACAGAAACAACAGGUUGAACACCCUGUCCCAGGAUAAUGUGGCGGAACCUGACUUAAAUGAGUGUUCCCACUCCAUAGAUCUUCUCAAUGACGCUAUUAGCUCCAUUCAGCAGCAGAUGAUGCAGCUGUCUUUACAACAAGACCUGCUGAUGAAGCGUGUUGUGUCACCUCCAGAGCCGCUAAUGAAACGUGUGGUGUCACCUCCAGAACUACCGAUGAAUCGUGUGGUGUCACCUCCAGAACUACCGAUGAAUCGUGUGGCAUCACCUCCAGAAUGUGUAGAAUCAAGCCCUGGCACAACCCCUGACACAACAACACAAUCAACAUCCUCUACCUCAGACUCCAGAUCUUUCGCAGUUCACUUUGUAGACAUCAGUGGCAGCAACACUGCCCCUGCUCGCCGUCCUCCCAAGCUUAGCUCCAGCCAACGCAGCAAAGCCUCGGAGCAAAAACUAAGUAAAGAGAACAGCAAGAUGGCUUCUGUCAAGUCUAAUACUCAGUCCCUGGAGUGCAGAGACAAUUCUAGUAGAUUCCAGGACAAGGGUAUUGCUGAGAGCUCCAGGCUAGAGAGAAGCAUUCAGAGAAACACCACCUUCAGAGUCCCCAAUGACCUCGACCAACAAAGCAGUGGAGAGGGAACUGGGUGUUUCCUGGACAAUACAUUGAUGUCUCCCUCACAGGCUGCAGAACAAGAGGAGAACAACGUUGCCAAUUUAGGGUUAGAGGCUGUGGGUGGAGAUGAGAAUGCCAGGGCCAAGGGUCAACUGAUCAAGGUGGACCUAUCAGAGCUUAAGGAUCCACUGGAGAAUGGCAGUGCAGAUGUUACAGACUGCACGGCAGAAGGCGAGCCGAAGAAUGCGCUAGGUUUCUUCUUUAAGGAUGAGGAGAAAGCAGAGGAUGAAAUGGAGAAACGUCGUGCCGCCUUCCUCCUCAAGCAGCAACGCAAAGCUGAAGAGGCGAGACUGCGCAAACAGCAGCAAGAAGUCGAGAUUGAGGUCAAACGUGAUGAGGCCAGGCGCAAGGCAGAAGAGGACCGUGUUCGUAAGGAGGAGGAGAAGGCGCGACGAGAGAUAAUUAAGCAGGAAUACCUGCAGAGGAAGCAGGAAGCGUUGAUGGAAGAGCAAGGUCUGGUCAAGCCUCGCCCACGAACUAAAUCCCGCAGGAGCAGGCCUAAAUCACUGCACCGUCAAGAGUCCAACAGCCUCUCCAAAGCAUCCACCACGCGUAAUUCUCUAAAGCCGUCCAUGUUGAUCAAAGCCCAGGGCUCAGCAGCAGGCUGCGGGGGAGCUGAUCUGAGCUGCAGUCAUCGAGGAUCGACGCUCUCUUUGGCGACUGAGGCAGAUAGCGUUAUCUCUGGAGGGGCGGAGUCACACAGGGCUGGAUCUGUGUGCUCUAUGGAGAUGUUCCCUAUGCUGAGCAGGGCUUCUAGCAGGAACAUGGAGAGGGACUGGGAGAACGGCUCUAUAGCCUCUUCCAUCACUUCAACCGAGUACAAUGGUCCUAAACUCUUCAAGGAGCCGAGCUCCAAGUCCAACAAGCCAAUCAUCAUCAAUGCCAUCGCUCACUGCUGUCUGGCUGGAAAGGUUAAUGAGACCCAGAAGAAUGUUAUUCUGGAGGAGCUGGAAAAGUGCGAGUCCAAUCACCUGAUCAUCCUCUUCCGCGACAGUGGGUGCCAGUUCCGCGCCAUUUACUCAUACUCACCGGACACAGAGGAGAUCAUCAAGUUCACAGGCACAGGUCCGCGCUCUAUCGGCCGGAAGAUGAUCGAAAAGCUCUACAAAUACAGCUCGGACCGCAAGCAGUUCAACGUCAUCCCUGCCAAGUCGGUGUCGGUCAGCGUGGACGCCCUGACCAUCCACAAUCAACUCUGGCAGGUCAAGAGACCAGGAAGUGCACGGAGGAAGUGAGAAAGAUGACACUUAUUAUAGUUUCUGUUCUAUCUACGACUGUUGGGCAGGACCCAAUAAUCUCUGAGAUGACUGACAUGUCUUUAGACAGAGGGGGUUAGAUGUUCUCAUAAAUGGAGAUGCCAGAUUUCCGUCUGUGGCAGUGCGAGAAUAUGAAACACCUGCCAACUGAAUGUUUUUUCUUUUUGUCUCUCGUUAGCUUUUAAUUCUGCAUGUCACACUUCUAAUUUGUGUGUACGUCUGACACUAAUUAGGCACUAUUGAUGACAAACUGAUUCUUAUGUAGCAGUGAAGGAUGGACCCUCAAGUCGAAUAGCACUGGAUCUACUUACGGUAGCAAGCAUACUACUGAUACCAAGUGCAACUACAGACAUGCAGUGGUGGACAUUCACUUGAUAAUGCUAUUUCAGCUUGGCAAAAAAAUACCCUACUGCUGUGAUUAAUCCAGGCUCCACAGAGCCCCUAUUAUUCACCAGUAACUUCUACUGGUCAGUGCUUUUAUGAAGAAGGAACUAACAUUUUUUAUUGUAAGUAUGGAAUGGAUGUUAGUGAGGGGUAAUGUCCAGUCUUGUUUUCUAUUUAGUGUGUUUGGGAAAGUGUGUGACUCUUUGUGUUAGGGGAGGGGAGAGCUGAGUGCACCGCUUGUGCAUCCUGCUCUGAAUGUGUUUUCUCACUCUCAAUUAUGCUUUAAAACUGCAACAGAACUAUGGAGCAAAGCAACAAAACGUUUUUUUGUUUUUUUUUUAAGUUUAGGAGCUGUGUGCUGCUGUUGCAGAAACAGAGAAAUAUGUUUUACAGAAGGGGAAAUUGUACUAGUAUUCCAAACAGUAAGCGCUUUACAGACUCGUGCAUUAUACCUUUUCAGUAGUGCAUUAUAUGGUAUUAACUUCAUAUGCCACCACCCGUACGAGCCACCUGAGAUCCCUGACUGGCUCAUAUUGCUGAACCAACAUGAACUAAGCUAUGCCACAGAGCUGUUUGCUGCUCAUUAACUGCUCACUGGAUUCUGGUGAGACGUACGAUUUCAAUGUAGCUUCUGGCACUCAACACUAGUAAUUUCCCUGUAUUGACUGACUGUCAGCAGCUGGUGUAAUGUGGGGGGUGUGUGAAUGUGUGUGUGUGUGUGUGUGUGUGUGUGUGUGUGUGGGGGUGGGGGGUGGUAACCGCACAAUACUUGAUAUUUGUUUGCUACAUUUUGUACAUUUUUGAGUAGUAUUUUUUGUUGUAUUACGUACAAGUUAUGUUUACUAAAAAGCAGGCACUAUUUUAAGGUUUAUUCUGUUACAGGCUUUCAGAGAUGUUAUGAGUCG